AUGGAGGUCAGGAGCUUGGAAAAAAUAAUAAGAUACCGUCGUCUAUACAAGUCCUUGAAGAAGAUGAAGUUUGUUUCAUCUGCUGAGACAGAACCAACCAGCAUGACAACAAUUUCUGAGGAUUCAAAGUCAGGUCGAGGUAUAAGCACAAUGCCUCGUGUUGUGAAGAGAAAAUUUCAGAAAAUCAAGCCAGUUGUUGAGUACAAUAAAAGGGGAAAAGGAUGUGGCCCUGCACAUACUGAGAUGCAGUCUUACAUUGGUGUGUUGGCAUGA